UUGUUCUUUGUUUCAUUUGUGAUUCUUACUCGUUUAUCACCCUUUUCGCAGUUUUAUUGUGAAGCAAUGGCGCAACUCUAUGAACAACGACUUGACAAACUUCUUUCCUUUGGAAUGGAAGAAAAACUAGCAAAAACAGCAGCUAGAAACGAAAAGGUCUAUUCUUCUACCUUGGAAGCCUUGAAAAGUGCUUCUUUUGUCAACGAUGGAAGCCAACAAACCAAAAACAAGUGUCUCUUAUUAUACAAUGCAGUCAUCCAUCCUAAACUUCCUUUAACCAAUCGAAAUUCGUUGUUUCUGAUGAUUGGUGACGAACGUAUCAAAACGAAAGCGCAGUUGGAUGCCGCGAUAGAGUUUUUGGUUUCCAUUGGGGAAGAAAAGGUCGAAGAGUCCAUUUUGGAACAACAAGCUGGAGUUGGCGUCAUUGUGACAAAGGAGGAUAUUUGUGAAAGAGUAAAGACAGUAUUAGACGAAAACCAUAACCAAGUGCAGAUGAAAGGGAGUCAUACCAAUGUUGGACUUCUUGUGAAACAAGUCUUGAGCAGUUUACGCUUUGCAGAUGCCAAGUUGGUUCGUUUGGAAGUGGAGAGGCAAUUGCAAGAUUUGCUGAAUCAUCUCUCCCUUUCUGAUAAAGAUGAAGAGGAGAAUGUGGAUCCUUUUGCUGGUAUUCCUAAUAUAAUGGCAGCUAGAGAUUUAGAAACUGCAAGGAACACACCUGAACUUUUAGAAAGACAUCGUUUAGCAACUGGAGGGAAAGUGAUUUGUCGUUUUCCUCCUGAACCUAAUGGUUUUCUACAUAUUGGCCAUGCCAAGUCUAUGUUUUUGAAUUUCGGUUAUGCACAAAAAGAAAAUGGCAUUUGUAUUCUUCGUUAUGAUGAUACCAAUCCUGAAGCGGAAAGAGAAGAGUUUAUCAAAAGCAUUGAAGAAUCUGUCAAAUGGUUAGGCUAUGAGCCUUCAAAGAUAACUUUUACUUCUGACUAUUUUGACCAACUGUAUGAGUUAGCUGUUGAACUGAUCAAGCGAGAUAAAGCAUAUGUUUGUCAUUUGAAACCAGAUGAAAUUUCGCAAUACCGAGAGAAGAAACAAGACUCUCCUUGGAGAAACAGACCCAUAGAAGAGUCUCUCACAUUGUUUGAAGAUAUGAAAUUUGGAAAGUUUGAAGAAGGAGCAGCCACUUUAAGAAUGAAAAUUGAUAUGCAACAUCCGAAUCCUUGUAUGCAAGAUCCAAUUGCUUAUCGUAUUCGAUAUAAGAGACAUCCUCAUAGCGGUGAUAGAUGGUGUAUUUAUCCAUCCUAUGACUUUGCCCAUUGUAUUGUAGACUCUUUGGAAUGGAUAACGCAUUCGCUCUGUACUCUUGAGUUUGAGAUACGUCGUGAUUCAUAUUAUUGGUUAUUGGCAGCUCUUGAUAUGUAUCGUCCAUUUGUUUGGGAAUUUUCUCGACUCGUUGUAACUCAUACGGUCGUUUCCAAACGAAAAUUGACGUUCUUGGUAGAUAAAGGAUACGUGAGAGGCUGGGACGAUCCUCGAAUGCCUACUUUGAUGGGUUUAAGACGUCGAGGAUUUCCACCUGAAGCACUUCGAAAAUUCUGUGCUUCAGUGGGAGUUACACGCGGUGACAAUUUGAUUGGUUUUCAUAAACUAGAAAAUGCCUGCCGUACAUGCUUAGAUCCACAAGUGUUUCGAAGGAUGUGUGUCUUGGAACCUUUGAAAGUUGUUAUCGAAAACCUUCCAAAGGAUCAUAUCGAGUGGCUUCAAGUACCUAACCAUCCAAAGGAUGAAGGAAAAGGAACUCACAAGUCACCCUUUACAAAAGAAGUUUAUAUUGAGAAGAGCGAUUUCCGUCUACAAGAUGAAAAAGAUUUCUUUGGUUUGGCUCCAGGGAAGGUAAGUUUGGUAUCCUUUAGUAGUUUGGUAUUCACAUAUAUUCUCCUCUUUCCUUGUCAAAAGACUGUUUUGUUACGUUAUGCAUAUCCUAUUACAGCAAAAGAUAUCAAGUGGAGCGCUGAAGAUCCUUGUCGAAUCGAGUCCGUUGUAGUUUCUUAUGACCCUGAUAAGACUCAAAAACCAAAGGGUGUCCUUCAUUGGGUCGCAUCUAACCAAUUUUCAACUUCAGUUGAAGUUCGUCUCUACAACAACUUGUUCCUCUCUGAACAACCCGGUCUUAUCAAGGGCGAUGCAUGGCUUGAUGAUAUCAAUCCCGAAAGUGAAGUUGUAAAAGAAAACGCAUUAUUGGAAUAUGAUGCUGCACAGAACAUUAAUCCUGGAGACAUAUUUCAGUUUGAAAGACUGGGAUUUUUCUGCUGUGACAAGGAUUCUACGAUACCCACAAGAGUUGUAUUCAAUAGAACAGUAACUUUGAAAGGAAUUCGAUAAAACUUCUUUAUGGCAACUGCAAAAGACCGUUUCUUUC